GAUAAACGCCGUUUGAUGACCCACCAUCACUCUUAUCAACGAAAUCCCAGACACUCUAUUAACUCACCGUAUUUUCAGACACCUCUGCGCUCCAAUGCCGCCAUUCUUGGUGCCCUGAAUGCCCGCUACUACUCCGCCACACACGAGGCUGAUAUUGUGGUAAUUGGCUCCGGACCUGGUGGCUAUGUGGCCGCCAUCAAGGCCGCCCAGAUGGGCAUGAAAACUGUCAGUGUGGAAAAGGAGGCUACCCUGGGUGGCACCUGCCUCAACGUUGGCUGCAUUCCCUCCAAGGCACUGUUGAACAACUCACACUACUACCACAUGGCCCACUCCGGGGAUUUGGCUAGUCGUGGCAUCAACUGCGGCGAGGUCUCGCUCGAUCUGGAGAAGCUCAUGGGUCAGAAGACGAAUGCUGUAAAGGCCCUCACCGGAGGCAUUGCCAUGCUCUUCAAGAAGAACAAGGUUACUCAACUGACGGGCUUCGGCAGCAUCGUUAAUCCCAACGAGGUCCAGGUGAAGAAAUCCGACGGCACCACGGAGACUGUUAAAACCAAGAACAUCCUGAUCGCCACCGGUUCUGAGGUUACACCCUUCCCUGGAAUUGAUAUCGAUGAGGAGGUGAUUGUCAGCAGCACUGGUGCUUUGAAGCUGGCCAAGGUUCCUAAGCACUUGGUUGUGAUCGGUGCCGGUGUUAUUGGACUCGAGCUGGGAUCGGUGUGGUCGCGUUUGGGCGCCGAGGUGACUGCAGUGGAAUUCAUGGACACCAUUGGUGGUGUUGGCAUCGACAAUGAGGUCUCCAAGACUUUCCAGAAGAUUCUCACCAAGCAGGGUCUCAAGUUUAAGCUGGGAACCAAGGUGACGGCAGCUUCUCGCAGCGGCGAUAAUGUCACCGUGGCCGUCGAGAACGCCAAGUCCGGUGAGAAGGAGGAGCUGCAGUGCGACGCCCUUCUGGUCAGUGUGGGUCGUCGCCCAUACACCGAAGGUCUGGGCCUGGAUGCCGUUGGUAUUGUUAAGGACGACCGCGGCAGGAUUCCCGUCAACGCCACCUUCCAAACGGUGGUGCCCAACAUCUAUGCCAUUGGCGACUGUAUUCACGGACCCAUGUUGGCGCACAAGGCCGAGGACGAGGGCCUCAUUACCAUUGAGGGCAUCAACGGCGGCCAUGUCCAUAUCGACUACAACUGCGUGCCCAGCGUUGUUUAUACGCAUCCCGAAGUCGCGUGGGUGGGCAAGUCCGAGGAGCAGCUGAAGCAGGAGGGUGUCGCCUACAAGGUUGGCAAGUUCCCCUUCCUGGCCAACUCCCGUGCUAAGACCAACAACGAGACCGAUGGUUUCGUGAAGGUUCUGGCCGACUCAGCCACCGACAAGGUUCUGGGCACCCACAUCAUUGGACCCGCUGCCGGAGAGCUGAUCAACGAGGCCGUGCUGGCUAUGGAGUACGGAGCUGCUGCUGAGGAUAUUGCCCGCGUCUGCCAUGCUCAUCCGACCUGCGCUGAAGCUUUGCGUGAAGCCAACGUUGCGGCUGCGUUUGGAAAGCCCAUCAACUUCUAAACAAUUCUCCACCACCCCUGCCAGCUUUGGAGGUAUCUGCACCGCGUUUAGAAAUCAUUUUUUAAAUUCUGCAAAACCCCCAAUUUCGAAAAUUAAUCUGACAGCCGAAGCCGAAAGUCUCCGCAUAUUUGUAGCUCUUAAUGUUGGAAACAGUAAAGUGGAAACUAUAUUUAAUGGAAACGAGCGCCAGGCGUUAUUUGAAAUGUAAUAUGUGUAUUAAGAUAGAAUAAAAUAUACAGUUUGAAACUCAA